AAUGACGCCUUUAAAUGAGACUCUGGAUUGUCUGGUUCUGUUACUUACCACUGAGACCUUCCUGAAGUGACCGGAACACCAUGCUUCUGAUGCUUAGGAACUCAAUUGACAUGCAAGACGUUCAAUACCUUCUUGUUCCGCCAAUUGUAGCUAGUUCUGCCGAUGAUUCAAGACAGCGAUGGUUGAAGAGAACCAACUCGACCAGGUCCUCUGGUCUCUGCAAAGGGCCAUCAGUGGCCGUUUCAUACUUGCAAUGUAGACACUGAUGAUGGUGACUCGAAUUAGCUGGCAGGAUUUCUUCUGCAGGUAUAUGGUAGAGUGAUGUCGUGGUUCAUUGUGUGAGACGGAAGGUAAGCAUGGGGCUCAUGUGUAUCAGUCGAGCAGCUCGACCGAG